CUUAAAGGUCUCAAAAACCAGGUCAUAAAAUCCCUUAAAAAAAAUAUGACAUGAUAAGAAACGCUUUUGGCGAAUGCGGUUCUGUACCUACGCGUUAACUUUAAAAAACACACCUAAAUAAUAAAUAUAUAAUCACCUCGAGUAUGGAUAUGGAAAUGGCAAAGAUUUUUACUAAUGUGCCAAAAAGUGCUUUUCAGUUAUAUAUUAAGUUGUACUGCAAUAGAAGGGCUCAAGAUGGUAUACCGAAAUCCAUUGCCAUGACUGAAGCAAUCCAAACUUGGGUAUCACUCAAAGAAACAGAGAAGUACCAAUUUUUGAAUAAAUAUAAUGAAUGUAAAGAAAGAAAUAUAAAAAAAUUAGGGGAAUGCAUUAAACAAGCUGAAGUUUUUGUAAAAAAAAGACAUCGGAAAAGGUCACCGGAUAACACAAAUAAUGAAUCAAGUGUAUCAAAUAUUCUAGAAACAAGUAAUAUUGAAGAAAUCCAUUUGAAAUCUGCAGAAACACUGAAAGAAGUACAAAUAGGUGAUGUGGAAGAGGACAAUAACCUGCAACUAGAGAGUAUUAUGCAUGAUGAGAUAGAGGAGUUACUUACAAAAACGAAUGAGGAAAACCAAGAAUUUUUAGAAGAAUCUUCUUUAAUGCCAAAUCCAGAACCAAUGCCGCCCACCAUUAAAUCAGGAAGGGAAUUGUUUGCUAUAAUUAAAACAACGAAUGAAAAUGGUGAAGUAACAUGGGAUACCUUAUCGAACAAAGAGAGAAGUUAUUACAGUCGAGCCAUUUUAACAUUGAAGAAUGACUACAUUCACAAGUAUAAAUUAUUUUUAGAAAGUUUAGGACCACGUGAGUUGUUUGACUAUUACAAUAAAACUUUUUGUUAAAUUAA